GACAACGACACGCACCACAAUAUCGAAGAGGCCAAUAGGCUUCGACGCGAGCAGGAGGAGCGUGAGCGUGCAGCUCAGGCAGCCAGGGAGGAAGCAGAGAGACGUGCGCGGGAGGCAGAGGAGAACGCGAGACGAGCUCGAGAAGCGGAGGCCGCCAUGCAGGCCGCAAGGGUGGAGGCGGUGCGUGCUAUGAGGGAAGCAGAGGAGGCCCGUGCUGCUGCGCAACGCGCGGCGGAGACGCAGCAAUACGAAGCACGGGAGAGGGAGAACCAGCUGAGGGACGAGGCAAGAAGAGCGGCGGAAGCUGCCCAGCAGGAAUUACAGAAGCAGCAGGCGAUCGCUGCUGAGGAGCAAAGGAAAGCGGCCGAGGCGCAGCGGGCUGCUGAGGCUGCAGCCAAGACGGCUGCUGAGGAGGCUAGCCGGGCUUUCGCAGCGAAGGAGGAGGCCGAGCGUCAGCUUCGCGAAGGCAUCCAGCCCGUCGUCAUGCCCUCCGCAGCGGACCUCGAGGAAGCCAAGCGUCGCAUUGGGUAUCAGGAGGGCUACUUCCACUUCGCGGUCACUGGAAUUGCGGGAAGCGGCAAGUCGUCUCUCAUCAAUGCAUUCCGCGGGUUGCGCAACCGCGAUGCGGAGGCUGCCGCGACCGGCAUCACGGAGACGACCUUGCAAAUGGCCCGCUUUCCCGACGCCAAUCCGGCCAACCACGUCGUGUGGUUCGACAUCCCUGGCGCGGGGACACUCAAGGUCCGCGACUGGCAGUACUUCAACGACCAGGGCCUCUAUGUCUUCGACGCGCUGGUCGUCCUUGUCGACAAUCGCUUCACGGCUACCGAUGUCGCUAUUCUGCGUAACGCACGCCUGUUUAACAUCCCGUGCUACAUUGUCCGCUCCAAAGCGGACACGCACAUCCGCAACGUAAUGAUCGAUAUGGGAUACGAUAGCCAGGAUGACGAGGAGGACGAGAGAAGCCGGGCGAAGCUUGAGGCUACGGCUCGAGAACACUUUGUCAGCGCGACGAGGCAGAAUGUGCGGGACAACUUGCGCAAGGCGGACCUGCCCGAUCAGAGGGUGUACAUCCUCUCGAACUCCACGAUGCUGAGCGUCAUCAAGAACACGGCUUCGUCGAAGAUGUCAAAGAAGCUCCUGGACGAGAAGGUGUUUUUGAAGGACUUCAUGGCGAACGCGCACGGUCAUGGUGAAGGCAUGAUGGCUUAGCUUGUGGUUGGCUAUGAGACUCACGACGUGUUACGUUAACAUUUCUUACUCGUUUGGUUCAUACGCGAUACUUUUGUGUUGUACUUUGUACCCC